AUGCAGCAGAACCCUGUCCAAAACAAAAAGUCAAUACGAGUCCCUGAUUUACCUAUUGAGAUUUAUAAGGACCAGACCCAAAACACCACAUAUUCUACCUCCAACCCUCCUCCAUUUCUCUCGACCACCGAUAGACUUGUUUCAGAAAAGAACAACAGCGACCCAAGCUAUCUAAGAUCCACUAUGUACACUUCGCCAUCCUCAGAAUUCACACUUGAAUCUUGUGCUAUGCCUUUCUCUAUUAUUGCCAAUCCAUUUAAUGAGAAAGGCUGCUUGAAUUUUACCAGUGGUUCUGAUAUUUGCACUGGUUGUAGGUCAUAUUUUAACUGCUUUACUCGCAGAGACAACACAGCCUUCAUUUGUAACAUCUGCGAAAGGAAGAACGACUCACACACAAACUACCCAGAAAAUCUCAAGCUGAGCUCAUUUGAGUACAUCAUCUCAUCUUUUGUAGAGAGAAAACCCCCACAUGUCGCAAACCAGGAAGGGCAACCCAUAGGUCUUGACUAUCCUGUUAUAAGGAAAUUGAUUGAUCCAGUGUUUGUUUUCAUGUUUGAUAUGUGCUCUUUGCCACUUGUGGAAGCUAUUUUAGACUCAAUUGUUGAAAUUGUCCAAAAUGAAAAUUUUCAGAUACUAUACCAGAAUAUUGGAUUCUUUGUCAUUAACAACGGAAUAACCACCUUUGGAGCCAACCUAGGAAAGCCUGUAAAAUACAGAAUGCCAGCAGAUCUACCUUUCAUUUCACAGAAAUGCACAGUGCCCACAAAAGAUUUAGAUGUGAUAAUUAAGAUUUUGCAAGAAGUUAGAAAAAUAAAUGAAAGAGCUGUGCCAGAGGCCAACACAAUUAUAAGCACAAUCAAGCACAUUUCCUCAUUUACAAGUGGAUGCAAAGUGGCCUUGGUGUCCUCGUGUCCUGCAGAACUUAACUAUGAGCUGAUUCUGUCAGACAGAAAAAACUGUUCUGUAAACUUAUUUUGCCUGUAUGCCGAUAUAAACAAGAUGGCUAAGCAGCACAUAACAUUAGAAAAAUUGUCGUUCUACUCCUCAGGAAAGGUUUAUAAAUACAUCCACCAGGAUAUUCCAUUUGCUAAAAAAGAUCUGAAAAAUCUCUGCUUGAGUAGAUCAGUAUUUGAUGUAAAGCUUGUUCUGAAGGUCUCUGAUAACUUAACAAAGACCUCAUUUGUUGGAUCAACUCUUGACGACGGACUUGCCACCUCACACCUUAACCAUAUGGAUUCCAGCACAUCUGUGCUAUUUAAUCUAGGCCUUAACGGACCUUCAAAACUGACAAAAUACAUUCAACUGCAAGUAUCAUUUACUGAUUUUGAUGGAUCAAGAAGAAUGAGAGUUUUCAAUCAUUCAUUUCCCGCAGGAACACCUGCUCAUGUGUUUUCUUCGAUGUCCUUCGAUACACUUUUUGCCUCUCUAGUGAAAUUAAAUAUUUCAGAAGAUGUUAAAUUGGAAAAAUUGAUCACUGAUUCACUGGUGUACUACAGAAACAAGUGUUCGUCCACCACAUCCUCCUCGCAGUUCGUUCUGCCCGACAGUAUCAAAUGUUUGCCCGUUCUUAUACAGUCAUACUUGAAGAAAACUGAUUUAGAAAAAACAAGACUGAUAAAUGCUACAAUAGAGCAAAAUCUUAGGCAUUUCUAUCCCAGAAUGUUCUCUCUGACUGAAUAUACUGUUUUUCAAAAUCUGGAGCAGACAAAGAGCCUACGACUGACUGUUAAUAAUAUUUCUGAAAAUGACAUUUACAUCCUUGAGAACUCACAGAAGAUCUUCAUUUACAUUCCUAAAGGAGUGGAUAGGGCACUGGUAUGGAAACUAUUUGAGGAGUGUGAUGGCGUUCUGGUUGUAAAGGAAGACAAUGAGGAGGAGUGUUUGAUCUUAAAUAGAAUUAUCGAGCAGAUUCAGCUUCAUUACAACUAUGAAAUGAGGGUUGUUAUUUGCCUGGCGGGUGAGAGUGUUUCUGAGGGAGAGUUUUUGUUGAAUAUGGUUGAAGAUAAGAUUAACAACCAAUUGGAUUAUGUUGAUUAUAUUUUCAAAUUGCAUUUUGAUAUUCAAAAAAGUUAA